AUCAAGAGAUGAACCCUCGAUCAUUUGUUUCGUUUCUAUAGAAGUGAUGUAGGUUUGUGUUUUAGUUAGAUGUUAUUCAAGAUAUUUUGAAUUUAGACCUCUAAAUUCAAGAUCAAUGAUAUUACCACUGAAUCAUGCCUUUUUUUUCCGCAACCCUCGACCAUUUGUCGAGUACCUUCAUUGGAAUAAUAUAAAUAAUCUUGUUGAGACAUCUUUGAUCGUUCCAGGGAGUGAAGUAUGUUGUGGUUGAUUCUACGAUGGUCAAAGAGAAGCCGAUUUGAGGCUGGAAGUGGAAUGAGCAUGCUCAAAAUUUUGCAGCAGGACUCUCUCUCUUUCUUCCUGAAACAAAAACUACCACAUCGGUAGUGAAAUGGGGAAGGGAGUCGAUACCAAUGGUAUAAAAUAAGGAAACGAGAUUCGGAUUAAAACCAUGAUCCUUCAGGCAGUAAACGGGGCGUGAUGAGUGGGUUGGGCUCGCAAAAUUAUGCGAGAUGGGUGUCCAGUCCGAAGCCUGGUUACGACAAUUUGGGCACCCCAAUUUGUACCUAUCUGAUCCCCAUUGUCUUACCAAAGCUUGAAUUAAAAAAAGGCCCAAUAGCCCAAUUGUAAAUGCUUGAAUCGAAAGUGAGGCCCAAAAGCCCAGUUGUGGCACUUUUGCUGCCCUUCAGUAGUUAUUGUAGUUUCUGCAGUUUCUAUUGUGAAGGAAACACUUCAUAUAAUAAAGAACUCUGUACUUAUUCUGCAGUUUCUAUUGAAGGAAACAAUGUGUCUGCUGAAAUAGUUAAGUAAAGGGUUCUGAUAAUGGAGAAGAGAGAUGGGGCAAUGAACAUUUUAAAAAAAAGUAUGGAUCUUUGCCUACCUUCAUGACUCAUCCCACUGCCUUGAUCAAGCAAUUGUGACAAAGCCAAUGAGUUGGGAGCUAUUGGUGGGCAAGGAAACAUUGCAGAGACAACACUGUUGGGAUAGUGUUGGAUCUGGAAUCCAAGAUCAUAUGGAUAAAUUAUGGUUGCACAUGGAGAUAAUAAAAGAUGCUUUAAUUCCUCUUGUCUCUCAGCUGUUGCAUCCUCCACCUGCCUCUUUCUAUAUAAACUUGCAAUAGCUGCCUGCCAGAGAAGGCAUUCCAAAUCAUCUCCAUCCUAUCUUUUCUCAAUCCUUACUCUCAUAUUCACCAACAAAACCAAAAAUGGCAGUUGUUUCUUUCCAUGCUCGCUCCAACAGUUUGCCUACAAGAUCACACCCUCUAGUCUCGGAAAUUGAUGAGCAAGUUUGCAGGUUGAGGCAAUCUCAAGCUGCUUCUACAUCAUCAUCAUCAUCAUCGUCCAUUGGCCACAACUUGAAUAGCCUUCAGGUUGUGUAUGAUUGCAUUGACCAGUUGUUCCAACUGCCAACAACCCAACAAGCCUUGAUCAAUGACCAGAAAUGCUUCAAUGAGCUGUUGGAUGGAUCUUUGAGGCUUUUGGACUUGUGCAAUGCAGCCAAAGAUGCUUUGUCUCAGAUGAAAGAGUCUGUUGCUGAACUUCAAUCUGCCAUUCGUAGAAGGCAAGGAGGUUCUGAAGGCGAAACCAGAAGAUACCUCAAGUCUAGGAAGACUGUAAUCAAAGCCAUCCAAAAGGUCUUGAAGGGUAUGGAUAGCGAGAAAUCCACUUCACCCAACAACGUUGAGACCGUCUCCACGUUGAAGGAAGCUGAAUCUGCUGUUGUUGAGGUUUUGGAGUGCUUGCUUGCAUUCAUUUCUCAAACAAGCUCAAAACCAAGCAGCUGGUCAUUUGUUUCCAAGCUGAAAAAGGUUUCUGCAGCAUGCGAGAACGAAUUUUCCGAUGUGGAUGCCUCUUUGAAGACAAACAAAUCUGGUGAAGAGGUCCAAACUCAUCUGAAGAAUCUGCAGCCAUGCAUUCAUGAUCUCGAGGAAGGAGUUGAGUGCCUCUUCAGGCGUUUGAUCAAAACAAGAACCUCAAUUCUCAAUAUCCACAAUCUGUAGUUACAUCAUCAAAACAGUACCAAGUUGUACAGAAAAUUUUGAUACUCAAAAGUCAAAUCUAUCAAUAUACAUGGUCCCCAAGUUCCUGGAAAUUUAUGUCUCUUUCGAUUCAUUGCCUCUGCUACCAACCUGCACUUUCUGCCCACUUUAAUUACCAUCUGCUGGUAGGAUGAAAAAUAACAGUGAAAGCAGUUUCUGGGAUCAUUUCAGAUAAUUAAGGUAAAUAAGAUCUGAUGAAGAUUAAUGAGGAAUCAUAAUCACAUGGAAGACUGACCAAACCAGAUAAAUUAUUGCAGAAAUGAGUAAUCAUCACACGUCCAAAGGCAAUAAUGAACACGUUGAAAAACC